GGAAGAACACACAGACAGAGAGUUGAUGCCCGGGUGCGCGUGUUUACCGCGAAUCCGUACUUGAAAAUCCAAGCAUCGCAAAGACAGAUAUCACAGCUCGCGCGACACGGUUUGUCGAUCAGUUUUAAACGUGUCAUGUGCGAUGUCAUUUGAAACUAAUUGUGACAAGUGAGAGACAAGAAAAUAUCGAGGAUCGUUUUUCUUGUUUCCGUCGAAGAUUCGCUUUUGUUUACGAAGAGGAGGGGUGACUUACACGAUCGACGAGGAUUCCCAGGCAGAUGUUGCCUGCCAGCAGUUUCCCGCGCGACGCACGUGAGCGUAGUAAGUGGGGAGUGUAGUGUAGCAUAGACGAAACCUGUGUGACAUCGAAACUUUCGAAGACAGAUGUGAUGCGUAUUAAAUCGGUGAAACGUCACGCAGGAAAACGCGUACGGACAAUUUCAAUUUGUUUCCGCCAGUGAAAUGGAAGAAACGAAAUUAAUAUGCUCCUGAUUUGGAAUCGUUUAAUCGAGUGUAAGAAGAGGUAGCUAGACCGGUAUUCAUUGUGAAAUUUUAUUCGAUGGAAAGUAUGGAAAUGGAUUCGUUGGAGAAUACAAAUAUUGGCGGGACGCCUCUUAGCACGAUAAACACAAGCAGCCGUUGUUCUCAUGAUAGUGUCGACAGUGGUUAUUUGACGUUGACUCCUCAUUCCGGCACGUAUACGUCAAUCAAUAUUUCAGAAUGCAGGUCCAGGGUGUCGUGUAUUUCUUCGAAAAGGCAUCACAGGUCCAGAAUAGAUCCUCUUCAAUCGGAGAGGGCUCAGAGACAUCGAUCAAAAUUAAAUCACCUCUUAAACGGGUCCGAAUCCGAUUAUUUGAUGUCCGAGAAUUCGGACAGGGAUAGUUUUCUCGGAGAUCAGUCGAAUUUAAGCAAUAAUCAUGACAGUUUGUCUAUGAAACACUCGAGUGCCGAGUUAAUGAAUGAAAGCACAGGCUACCGAGAAUUCGAUAAGAAUUUGCGAGGCAGGACACGUCGAACUUGGAGAACGACGGUCCCCAUAACACCGGCUUCGACGAGAUUGCAACUUCUUUCACCGCCACCGUCACCAGCGGUUCCUUCUUCUUCGUUCAUAGCCUCUGAACCAAUCGAAGAGGAUGUGGAAAUGAAGCUAGUCAUGGUGUCACAAAGCACACCCCAAAUAACCCUCUCGCCUAGACACAAGACACCACCACCUCCUAUCCCGCGUAAUAUUACCUCAUCAACAUGUAGAAAACCUGGUCCUGCUGUUAGUUCUGCAGAGAAUCAUAAGUUAAGCCAGUUGUCUAUCACAGAUCUUGCUGCAAUUGCUGAGAUCAAGCCAAAGAGGUUGGAUUUCAGUCAUAGUGCUAUAUCUUCUCGAUUGUAUCGUACUAGAGCUACCCCAGAUUACACUGGUAGAGAGACCGUGGACAUGCUAGUACUCCUAGGUGACAAGACUAACCACUGUAGAAUAGUAUCUAAGAUAUUGUCCUACCUUAGUCCUCAGGAUCUAUGUUCAGUCAGCAUAGUAUCUAAAACUUGGAGGAGGAUCUGCAUCAGUGAUUCUAAGGCCAACAAAAGGAGAUGGGCCCAUAUAAUGCUCAAACAGAAUGCUAAAGAAAAUUAUAAAUUAAUCAAGAAGUCCAAGGUAGAAGGAGAUAUACAGUCCAGUCCUAAAAGCAGAUAUGCUAGAAAGGGUUGUCUGUUACAAGUGCAGAAUCUUCUACGAUUACCAAACGAUCAACAUUCACCUAGGAGCCCGCCUGUUUCUCCUAGCAAAGUGAAGUUUCACUCCUUCGUCAAGGCUAGUCGUACCCUUGCACCCGGGGAGCAUUUGUUGCCCUGUCCAAAGUGUUCAUUCCCCUGUCACGUGAAUGACGAGAAGAACGUGGGAACGUGUUCAAGGCAAGGUUGCUUGAUGGAAUUUUGCACCUCGUGUUCAUCGAGGCCGCACACGGGCCCCUGUAAAACACCCCUGUUAGCUACGCCGACUAAGAGGAGCAAACGCCUAGUUGUCGGCUCGAGGCAAAGCAAGCGGAAUCUCAGGAGAUUAUAAACUUCGUCGAAGAAACGUCGAUCAUUCAGCACACUGUAUUAUAAAACAUUUCUUUUAAGGUUGUCAUCUUUUACAAGGAAAGUUAAAUUAUAACUGUUUAGAAUAAGCAUAUUUCUCGAAUUAUUGUAAUUGUCGUGAAACGCAGUUCCUCACGAAAAAAGUGGUACGGUGGCGUUCGUUCGAGUACUUGGACAUUGAAAUGAAUAUUAAUACUUUUACACUGUUUUUAGCCGAUUACUGUAUUAAUAUUUUACAAAUGUAAUUCAAUCAAAAUUGACACCUGGUUGAAGAAAAAGAUCUAUGAUUCAAUUAUAACAUACAUAAAUUGCUCAUUUUUAAUUAAUUUAUAUAUUUUUAAAAAUAGAGGUUUGCUUCUAGGUUAAAGUGACCCCACUGAUGCAUGAGGGUUAAGCAAUGUAGUCUGGAGGCAGACCAAGCUUGGUUUAAGAUUCAUUUCUGUCCCGAAGUACUUGCUGUGCCUGUUCGAUCGGGUAAACAGGUGGAAGAGAGAACCAGCUUUCAGAGAAGGUGAAAACGCAAUAAAAUCUGAAAUUAUCGCUUCAUUAUGGAUAACAAUUUACAAAUUCUUUAGAGUAGCAGCCAAUUACUAUAUACUAUUAAUUUGCUGCCACGUUAGCAGCUAGUUUAUGGAAUGUUUUCAGAAUAUUGCUCAUCGUUUCUCUUAAUUUUCAGUUCGUAAAUUCGCACGAUGUAAAUUGAACGGCUCUUUUAGCAGUGUCAUAAAUUUCUGCUCGCGUUUUACUCGUUCACGUAGAGUCGUUACACAGCCCUAAAAUUGCUCACAAUCGAGCAAUCAAGUCUCAGCGCGCUCUCUUUCGGUUCGAGCGAUGAGGAGACAAAAGGGAUUGGUAAAGACUAGCGAUUAGCAGUGCGAAUAAGAUGCGAAGAGGAAAGGAGACAAUAUGAGAACCCAUAAAAGCCGGCUCGUAAAACCUUUAAGGGGUUCAGGCCGACGCUUUACACCGACCACUUUUUACUUUCUCGAAACAGUCGUGCAUCGUGAACUAAUGAAGCCAGUAUGAAAGAGACGCUCGCUACGUCAUACAGUGAUUCCGAAAUUUUGGCCAUAUUUAGCUGACCAUAUCAUACGUGGGAAGUUUUGAAUUCUAUAUUAAAGACCUAACUUAUAAAAUAUUGUAUCGAAGAAACAAAUUAUAAAUUCAAAGUAGCAUACAAAGUAUAAAUUUCAUUUUGCAUAAGUAUUUUUAUACAUAAUUGUUAUCUGAUAAAUAUGCGAAAGAAUAUUUCAUCGAGCAGCGGUUUUCUUGGCGACUAAACUCCGGCCAAUUACUUCUGCGUUUUCACUUUCUCUUUUCUGUAAUAUAUUACUAUUACACGCCGAUAUUUCACUGAGAAUACAAUUUUGAGAAAAAAAGGUGUACUUUAGACACAGUUGUAUUUGUCUUUAAAUUAUUGAACAUUUAAAUGCGCACUAUUUACGUUUGAAACGAUGCUACAACUUUGAAAAAAACAUUUAAUGGUAUGAAGCUCAAAGGAAUUAGAGAAUUACUCACUGGAACUAAUAUGUCAUGUGAGAAUUUAUUCCAGAAAUCAACACGAAUAAAAUUCGAUGAAGCUGCAGGAAGGCCAUUUCGUCACCGAUUUUAAUGAUCUUCUAAUAUCUUAUAGAAAUUAAUACUUUGAAUAAUAAUAAUUGUUACAAAAAGUUUGAUGCCUUUUAGUUUCCAUGUUCAAAGCAUUAAUUUGUAUGACAUAUUAAAAAAUCAUUGAAAUCAGUAAGGGAGUUACUUUUCUGCAUUUUCACCUACUUAUUAAUUCUUCAACUAUUAUUUUCAACCAAAUUCUCUAACUAUUUUGAGUAUUAUAACUAUUUUAUGUUGAGUACAUAAUAAAAAAUUCAUAAUUUUAACGCAUUGACCAAUUUUGUUUUUAUUGUUUUUGAAGUAGUUUGUUUUGAAUAUUUAUAGAAGUGAAUCAAUAGAUUCUUAAAUUUAUGUGCAACUGAUGUAAAAUUAAUAUUUUAAUAACUGUUGAUAUAUUAUAUAUACAUGAAUUUUAUUCAUCAUUACAUUUGUCAGUACUAUGAAAUGUAAAUUAUUGUGAAACAUCAGUCAUAGACUUUUUAAAAUGUAAACUGUUGGCAUGCUGCAGUCCUGUCUUAUAUGCGAUGAAAUUUCAAUGAAGUCCCUUCUUUUCUCCAUUUGCUUUCCUAUGAUAACGCUGUUCUCUCUUCAAUGGAAAUGGAAAUAAUGUUUUGCGCACAUGUGUAAGUGAUUCAACUGAUUUUAGUCAUUUGAAGAGUACAUAGCACAGUACCUCCUUCUGAUAUGUUUAUGGUUUACUCAAGGUUGUAAUAAUUCUUUGGUCAAACUUUCAUGUAUUAACUCUUGCAAUUGAAUAUGUAUAGAGGUGUAAAAAGUAAAUAAACUGUGUAAGGUUAUAUAAUGUGUGAUAAAGGAAAAACAGUGAUCUUUACACACAGCACGAAUCAGUUGAAUCAGUUACAUGAAUGUAUUGCUCCUAGUCUCAUAAAAUACGAGAUCAAAAAAAGGAUUGCCAUGACUCAUAACAGAGUCACUUAAAAAGUAUUAUCGAAGAAUGUAUAGCUGUACGAAUAAAAUUAAAAUAAGUUAAGAAAAAUUACGUGAGCUAGAGCAUCGAAAUGCACAGUGCCAGAAACUAGAGAAUAAGUUAAGCAUUGGAAAAAGAGAGAAGGACUUUAACGAUGAAAACUAUUUCGUGGGAAGAAAACUGUUGUAUUUUAACAAUUUAAACAACAAACAUUUUAAAUUUAUGUCUAUUUAAUAGAUCAAUAACCUAACACGUUUAUUUAUUAAUUAAAUAAAUAAAACUCAACAGUAUUGUUUCAAUAUUAAUUGAGCAUGUACUGCGUAUUCGAAAAAUCUCAACAUUCGAGAGAAAAAAUUUAUUAAACAUUUGGCAUGUGCGAAUUUAUUAUUAUUAUUUUAAUGCAACAAAUUUCUUUCCCUUAAGAUGUUUUUAUCAUUAUUGUGCUCGAGCUUUGAAGAUUCUUUCUGGUGCAAAAAAAAGAUAUACUUUUGUGCCAUCAUGUAAUUUACGCCAUAAGGAUUGCCAUAAGCUAUUUCGUUUUAAUAUUUAGGCAAAGAGAACGGGAAAAGGGUCGCGUUACUGCAACACACGUAAAAGCGACGCUUCCCUUUUCCUCUCACCUGUCUCCUUGAGAGCCAUAUUUUAUUUUUUACAAUGUUUUUAGUAUAUAGUACACCACUUCAAUUCGUUAUACGUCGUUUUAAUGUGUUGGUAAAGUGCCAGUUCUCGUUUAGGUUUUCCUCAUUUUUGAACGUUAUUUUUGUACCGGUGUAUGCUGAAUCACAAAAGACUGCAUGUAAAUAACCAGUGCAUAGUAAUAUAUUUGUAUUUGAGCAGAAUUUCGUGAUUAAUAUUCACUUCUAAAUCUAAAUUCUUGUCUGUUCGUUGUAUCUAAUCAAUUGGUGGACUAUAUUCUCCCAUAAAAAAAAAAAUAAUUUUCAGAACAGGUCAAAAGUCCUAUACAAGACUCCCAGGUUUAUGAUAUUGUUCAGUAUGAAUUUAAAAAGCCUGAUACAUACAAACAGUCCAAUAAUUGUGGAAAAGACAGUGGUAGAAAAGAAAGCAUUUGCUGAUCUCGUUGUCAUUAAUUGCAUUUAAUAUGCUGACACUGUCUGAUAGUGAUUCAUCUCUCUGAAAUGUUCUCAAUAUCUUAAUGGAUAGAAUCUUACGCUCUACGGAUCUCAUGAUUAUUUUAUGUACUUUGUGUAAAUCAUCAGGGGUGUGUAUCCCUGCCUCUGCGAGAUUUUUGAUAGACUGUAAUUCCCAGUCGGGAAUGUCACUAAUGGUCAAUUUGUGCGGCUCCGUUUGCUCUGCUCCGCCCAGGAUAAUACGAAAACGAGUUAUCAUUUAACGUGAAUUUUACAUUCAUUCCCACUAAACAAUCAGUUAGAGUGCCGAUUAUUGUUAGGACUUUUGUCCUAGAUCCAAAGGUUCGUAAAAAUUAAACUAAUUAAAUGAAGAAAAAACGAAACUGAAAUUUAGUAUCAAUAGACAAAUAAACUAACUGGUUGUUGAAUUUUUAUUAGAAUCUUAAUCAGCAAAAGCAUAAACUGGAUUCGAAGUAUUAAUCACGAAAUUUCUAUCUUGUAAAGUGCGAAAACAGUCUGGAUGUUUAUUAAUAUGUCUCUCUAAGCGAAAAUCCAAAUAUUUUCUAUGAAAUGUCGCGAAAAGAUUUGUGUUCCGUUAUGUCCACAAUUUUGGUCAGUACCUUAGUGCCUACCAAGUCUAUUAAUAUUUACCAAGAUGCUCUCUAUUUAUUACAAUGUCGUUUACAAUUUAUGCCGUUAAUUCGAGUUAUGAGUGUGAUUUAUUUAAAAGAAAAAGAAUGUAGCCCAAUGUUGAGACUCAAAGGUCAAAAAAAGUUCAUACAUUCAUAUCUUUCAUUUGAAUAUGGAAAUCUCAAUUAUUGAAAAAUGUUGAAAAAUUAAUUUAAAAAUGCAUUUUUUUACGUUUUUAAAAUAAAAUAAAUUUAAGACUUAAAUAAAGUAAAAAUCACUUUUAAAAUUCACACUAAAUUCUUUUAGGUAAUUGUUUAUCAAUUCGCAGUAUAAAUUUUUAAGGGCUAUUACUGUACGAGUUUCAACGAAUAGAACAGCAAACCAUCUCUUUGCCACUUUAUUAUUAGUAGCCUACGGAUUUUUAUGCAAAUUCCCAGUCUUUUAAAGAAAUGGAGAAGACUGUGUUAUAUCGUCUCUAAUAGCAGAAAAGUAACAGAACUUCGAGAACUUUUAUUAACUAUAAAUGUAUAAAAAUCCGUAACUUAAUAGUUAAUGCAAUUAUCAUGACAAUUCUUUUACGAUUGAAUUACUUAAUCCUCAGUAGAGUAGUAAACAUCAUCUCAGAACAGCGUGGGUGCAACGAGCACACGCGACAUUUCUGUGAUAUGGGACAAUAUCAUUCCAGUGUAGGUACGUAGUGUUUUAAAUAUUCAUUAAGCGAUAACACUAUGCUCAAAGACUUAAUCAAAAGAUCAAUUACUUUUGUACAUACGGUUAGCGAUAUAUGUUAGAUGAAAUGGUAGAAAUUAAUUUGAAUGAUUACAUAGUAUUACAUACUGUCGUCUCAAAAUGCUAGGUAGGGAAAACUCAAUGCCUCCGAGCGAAAAAACACCAAAAUGUUUUGCGAACGAGGCUACAAAAAUGGUUUUAGUAUACUAGAAAAAUACUUUCUGUAUAAGGAAAAGUAGCAUAAGCGAAAGCAAUUUACGCGAUGUGGCCUUUUCGACAAUAUAUAUAUUUUUAUUCGUAAAAACACGAUAGUGCAUUACACGUAUAACUAAAUUAGGAUUAGAUGUUAAGUAAUUUAGGCAUUGUCUAUCAUUUACAUCGGAAAAAUAAUGUGCCUUAUAUAGUGUUAGUGUUUGACUUUUUAAAGGAUUGAUGGAAAGCGAGAAAUAAAAAUAAUUAUUUGAUUUAAUAAAAUUCUUAUAAUCUUUAAAAUCCGAACCUGAAAUGGUGAGAAAUGUAUUUUUUGUGGAAUAUUAAUGCCUUUUUAUUAAUAAUUAUACGUGUUUUUAUAAAUGAAAUACGUGUUUUUACAAUUAAAAUAAGCAGCCGUUGACCAUUAGAAAAAUUGAAUUAGAGACUUAAAACACAUUGUCGUGCGAUGUUGUAGAGUUAUUUGUCGUUUAAUUGUUCCUUUAAAAAGUUGAACAAUUGCUUUUUUCUUUACCAACUUAUACUAUUCGCCACGUGUGCAAACAUGAUACGUAAAAUGUUCCUUUCCUCAUUUGAAAACAAGUGUGUUUACAGGUCAAUUCUGUUUAAUUGUUCAGAUCCAAUUGUAAAAGAUCCAGAGCAUAUGAAACACAUAUUGACAUUGCCUUUGUUUCUUUUCCUGUUCUCCGACAAAGGGCUGUAUUACUUUUGCAAGAUACCAGUUCGAGAAAAACUUGGAAAGACAGAUGAAGGGGAAAAUGAAUGAUAUGAAUUAAACUAGUACUUAACUAUAAUCUAUAAUGUUAUUGCAACGAAAGAUGAAAGACAAAGAGUAAAUUAAAUUUAUUGAUUAUAGUUAUUAGUUUAAUUCGUAUAUUUUCAUCUUCUCUUGUCGUUUCAAAUUUGUUUAAAAUAAUAAAUUCGGAAAAUUAAUAAAACAAGACUGGUGCGAACAGAAUUGAAAAUUUCCCAUUUUUCUAUUUUUCAUCUUUUUAUCGGUAUAAUGAAUCAAAAGUAACUAACAUACUAAGAUUUUAAUCAUUAAUAUUUAUCAUUUUUCUUGGGUAUUUUAAAUGAAUGCAACACAACAAAAAUUCGUUUGAAAAUUAUAUUUUCAAAAUUCAUGUGAAAAACGAACUUUGUUUGAAGUUCGGUUUUUAUGAGUAUUAUAAAGAAUAUUUUUAAGUAACAUGUUUUGUCAUUUCGAGCGUAUUAUGUAUUUUCACCCGUGGAUUUUAAUACUCAGGAGAUAUUGUGGUAUAACCACGCGCGGUAUAUAGUAAGUUGUUUUAACGGAAAGCAAAUCCUUGAUAUUGAGAAAGGUGUUAUACCAAAUAGAAGGAACAUUGUUAAUGCAAUAUUUUAAGAAGUUUGUAUUUUUAAAGAAUAUGAUAUCUCAGUAGUUAGGUAUAUGUUCUUACAUUACUUACUUUUUUUUAUAAUUAAACGAUUUAUCAAAGAUAUAAUAUUCGAGAAUGAUAAAUCAUCUUCGCCCUCGACCGUGCUCUCUCACUUUUGUAUUAUUAUAGUUUUCUAUACGGUUAAUAUGUUAGACGGGCGGAUUUAAAAUAUUAGUUUCGAAUAUGUUGAAUAAGUUAAAUUAUAUUCGGUAUUAUUGUUUAAAUAAACAAAUUAGAACAACGGCGUCUUUUUAAUAAAAUUUUGUAAGCCCUCCCAGGGCAGGUUCCUGUAUU